GGGAAGUUUACGUUAUUCAUUAUCGGCAUAAGGAGCGAUAAUCCGCGUUUGUUAGGCGCCGGCUUCGUGCCGAUGCGUUCACGCGGCCUCCCUCCGUGUCUGCGCUCAUGUCGCACUCCGCAUCCGCCACGCGCUGAUCAAUAAGGAAUAAUGAGUCAACGGGACCCCCGGCGCCGGACAUAUCGCGUCAUAGUUCAUAGUGUUUGUGUGCUCCAGCCCAGUGUCAGUGUAGUGAAAACGCGAGGAGAUGUCAUCGGUGCAGUUCAACUUUCCGCCGGAGAGUUACUCAGCAGUUUACACCUCUGAUGGAACAACGAAUGCCAAUGUGGUGGGGAAAUGCAACCUCACGGAUUCCUGUGAAGUGUCGGGUUCGCCGCCGGGGCUUCAAACUCCGCCUUCUUCGUUAUUCAGCUGUUUUCACUGUGCAUUCCACAAUGGAAUCAACUUUACCCGGAAGGAGAAACGCCGAAAAGAGAAUCACACAGUCAAUCAUAAGGUCGCAGUGCCUGGUAAAGAGGAGGAGCGCUGGCGCAGCAAAGAUGAAGGUGCGCUGUUCAAACGUUGGCGGCGUACCCCGUCCGCUGUCGAAGCGCCCACCUCCACUCCAGCACCCACUGCACCCACCCCUCAACCCUCCGAACUACUCAAGUUCCUAGCUAUUAAUGCAUUGGAAUUAUCAGCACCCGCAUCUGAUGCGUUGCUGAAAUCUCGCUCUUCGGAAUGGUUCCAACUGGCUGGCCAUCCCGGGUCCCUGGCACCCGCAGGCCCAGGGACCGUCUGGAAGCGGCGCGCGGCCGGGGACCACCCCAACCACAACCCCGAGCGCGACGCCUACGAAGCGCUCGCCGCCUGCCCUCACAUGCGGUCCGCUAUCCCGCGAUACUACCGCGAACUGGAGUAUGGUGGCGAACGAUUCAUAGAACUGCAGGACCUAUUGCACGGCUUCAGAGAUCCUCAUGUUAUGGAUGUCAAGAUGGGCACACGCACUUUCCUUGAAGAUGAAGUUAGCAAUGCUCGUGCUCGUACCGACCUUUAUGAGAAAAUGGUGCGAUUGGACCCGAAAGCACCCACCGAAGCUGAGCAUGCGGCUCACGCUGUCACUAAACUACGUUAUAUGCAAUUUCGUGAACAGCGGUCUUCUUCAGCUGAACAAGGCUUCCGUAUCGAAGCAGUGAAGGUCCCAGGAGAACCACCCCUCACCGACUUACAAAAAGUGCGCGAACCUCAGCAAAUCGCAAACACAGUGGCGAGGUUCCUUGGCAAUAAUGAAAAGGCACGACGUGCCAUUAUUACACGGCUCCGCGAAAUCAGAGAACUUUUUGAAAACUCAGAUUUCUUCAAAACUCAUGAAAUUGUCGGCAGCAGUAUAUUCAUAAUUUACGAUGAUGAACGUGUCGGCGCGUGGUUGAUCGACUUCGCUAAAACUAGAAGCGUACCAGAAGGUCUUCGCGUUGAUCAUCGCGCGGAGUGGCAACAGGGCAACCACGAAGAAGGUUUUCUUUACGGCUUAGAUAGACUCAUAGACACUAUAGAAACUGCAAAACUUCCUACGCCAGGCGAUGCAGCAACGACAGAACCGGAUGUAUCACGUUGAACGCAACUGGCGAGAGACCCUGGACUCGCCCCUCGGUCGUUGUCACCGUUCGCCUGGCCUUGCGCCCCAGUACCGCUCCACUAGCGCCCGAAAUGACGCCCGGAGAGAUGUAUCAUAAAACUAUGUAUAUUAUUGCAUAUGAAAGAGAAUUGCGAUGUAUCGCUUGAUGUUUCGAUCUAGUCCUUAAUUAUUUAAAUAAACUCGUCAUGAUUUUA